AUGACCAUACCUUGGAUAAUCCAACUUCUUCUCACUUCUGCUGUCAUAUUACUGCAUAAGAGUAUAGGUUACAACCUUAUGUGGGUUGUUCGGCCACCAAAAUCAUCUAAAGAGAAUCAUCAUCCCACUAAUGUCGUCACUAUCUCUUCUUCUUCUCCAUCAUCUCCUCUUUCGUCCGGCCAGGCUCUCAAGAACGGCGACGCGGGUGAGAUCGAGAUUAGGAUUGUGAUUCCAAGAAGUCCAAACUCAACUCAUUUGGAGAUUGAAGGAAGAAACAACUCCAAACUUCUUGCAAAUGGAUCACCUGUUUCUUAA